UCCCUUCCAUUUCCGUCGAACGAAGGACUCUGUUCCCCGUAAGAAGGAAACCAAUAAAAAAGAAGCAAGGCACCGAAAGUGUUAUUGUUCUUCUCGAUAACGAUAAUCUUCUGAUGAGUUUCGUAUUUUGAAAUCAUUUCUGCAUAACCAUUGAGGAAGCAGUUAGUCUUGGAUUAUCUAGGAAGUAAUGGAGAUUGAUCCUGGUCCAAUCAGUUCUUGCUCUAAAGAGAACCAAAAGAUCUACCAAGAAUGGUUCAAUUAUGCGGAUUCAGAUGGUGAUGGUCGCAUUACUGGUAACGAUGCAAUUAAGUUCUUUUCUUUGUCAAAUUUGUCUCGCCCUGAGCUCAAGCAGGUGUGGGCAAUUGCGGAUUCUAAGAGACAAGGAUAUCUUGGUUUGAAAGAGUUCUGCAUUGCUAUGCAGUUAGUUUCUCUGGCACAAGGUGGACAUGAAAUAACUCAUGAUGUCUUUAAUGGAAAUGUUGACUUUCAAAAUGUGAAAUCCCCUGCAAUGGAUGGUUUGGAUGCAUUAUUGGCAAAGAAGAAGAAACACUCGUCAAAGUCAAGUGACCCUGAAGUAAAUGGUAGUUCCCAAGUGCAAUCAUCACCUUCAGCUAAUUGGUUUUCCUCAAUGUCUUCAAAGAAGGUACCUCUAGCCUCUGUUACUUCAAUUAUUGAUGGCUUGAAGAGAUUGUACAUUCAGAAGCUGAAACCAUUAGAAGUCACUUACCGUUUUAACGAUUUUGUAUCCCCAUUAUUGACAAAUAGCGAUUUUGAUGCCAAGCCUAUGGUUAUGCUUUUGGGUCAAUAUUCCACUGGGAAAACAACUUUCAUUAAACAUUUGCUUAAAAGUAGUUAUCCAGGAGCCCAUAUUGGACCAGAGCCAACAACUGACAGAUUUGUUGUUGUCAUGUCUGGACCUGAUGAAAGAAGUAUUCCAGGAAAUACUGUAGCUGUCCAAGCAGACAUGCCUUUCAGUGGUCUCACAAGUUUUGGAACUGCAUUUUUGUCGAAGUUUGAAUGCUCUCAAAUGCCACAUCCUCUACUGGAGCACAUAACAUUUGUUGAUACCCCUGGAGUUUUAUCAGGAGAAAAGCAACGGACGCAGCGAGCUUAUGAUUUUACUGGUGUAACAUCAUGGUUUGCUGCUAAGUGUGAUCUCAUUCUCCUUCUAUUUGAUCCUCACAAACUUGACGUAAGUGAUGAGUUCAAGCGUGUAAUUUCAUCUUUACGUGGUCAUGAUGACAAGAUCCGUGUGGUCCUCAAUAAGGCAGACCAAGUUGAUACUCAACAACUCAUGAGAGUUUAUGGAGCACUGAUGUGGUCUCUAGGAAAAGUUCUUAAUACUCCUGAGGUCGUGCGUGUCUAUAUUGGUUCAUUCAAUGACAAACCUGUCAAUGAAGCCGCUACUGGUCCAAUUGGGAAAGAAUUGUUUGAAAAAGAGCAGGAGGACCUUCUUUCUGAUUUAAAAGAUAUUCCUAAGAAGGCUUGUGAUCGUCGAAUCAACGAAUUUGUAAAACGUGCCAGAGCAGCCAAGAUACACGCUUAUAUCAUCGGCCAUCUCAAAAAGGAGAUGCCUGCUAUGAUGGGCAAAGCCAAGGCUCAACAGAGACUCAUCGACAAUUUAGCAGACGAGUUUGGAAAGGUACAAAGAGAGCACCAUCUACCUCCUGGAGAUUUCCCUAAUGUUGAGCACUUCAGGGAAAUUUUGGCUGGUUACAAUAUUGACAAAUUUGAGAAACUGAAGUCUAAAAUGAUACAGUCCGUGGACGACAUGCUGGGGUAUGACAUCCCAGAUGUCUUGAAGAAUUUCAGAAAUCCAUAUGACUAGGGCAUCUUUAGAGUCUAAUGGUAGGCUUAAAUCAUAUGCCGUGCAAUUAUUUUACUUUCCCCCCAGAUUUUUGGAAAUGCUGGCAUGUCCAAUAUCUGCAGGGAUAUAUAUAUAUAUAUAUAUAUAUGUAUGUAUGGAGGGAGGGAGGGAGAGAGAGAGAGAGAGAGAGAGAAUUAUCAUGUUUUGAUAAAGAGAAAUAGAAAUUAAGGAGUUCAUAUUGACACUUCAAUAUUUUCUAUUGGUAGUCCUAUUUUUUUGUAAAUUAAAUUAAAUGGAAAAGUACCCCUAAUAAUCUGUUUACACUACUA